UUCGCUCAAACAAUAACGUCUCAUUUUUGCUUAUAAAAAUGACUGGCCAAAAAAGAUUGUCGACAUAUUGGCCCAACCGAUUCAUCUUUUCUAGUCAAUUUCUAUUGCUUCCCUUCACUAUUAUCUUGCUGAUAUUUCCAAUUGUUAAUGCCGAGAGUAGGUGUAAUUAUGUUACGCUUGUCAAAUGUUUUAUCGAAAUUCUUGACGAGUGGACUUGGACACUUUAUGAGCUAAAAGAUAAUGUUGUGACAAUAAACAAUGAUCAGUGUCAGCACCUUAGAGAAUUGGACAAAUGCAUUCAGGCGAGAAAAUUUGAAAUACCUGAGAUUAUUAAAAUGAGUACAAUCUAUUUUAUGGAUGAAGGUCCUGAACAACACGAAUGUAGUCAUUCAGAGGUUGUAGCUGCUAGUAAUACAGUUAGUGAUUUGUUAACCCACAGAAAGAAUUCUGGCAGCUUUCUUAAGAGUUACUAUUUGCUUACUUAUGCAUGUUCAGACGAAGGUCAGAAAAUGCUUAGUGAGCACAGACCAUGUCUCUCAAGGGAACGUAUUGGUGAAAUGACCAUUAGUGCAGGCACCUACCUCAGCGAAAAAUUUUUGGAUCAUCCGGAUGAGGAAGUUUGUACUGCUGUGAAUAAUAAAUUACAAGAAUAUAUGGAGGCAAUGGCAGGUCUUUGUCGUGAGGAAGCUUCUUUGAUUAUGUGUCGUUCGCUUACUGGAAUGUUUAAGGUUAUUAAAUUAAUCAUAGGUGAUUUUUGUAUGAAACAAUCUCUUCAUGCUGGAUGGACCGGGUUACUCGAAACCCAGUCUUUGUUCCGACCCGACUUUUUUCUCAAUCCAUCCCUUCUCUUCAUGCAGUUUUAA